AUGAGCAAAAUUCCAACACAUAAAAUGAGUUAAUUAUAAAAAGGAGAAAAUAGAUUCAAUUAUACCAAAAGAUAAAAUCAACCGAGUACAAUAUAACAGAAAGUGAAAUCUUUUAGCUCUUUACAAACAUCCACUUCAAUAUAAGGCCACAACUCAAGGAAGAAUAUUUUUAUUUUAAUAAAGGCGAAACUCCCUACGAUUUAAUCUUAACGUCUUUUGAGAAAAAAAAUCCUAUGCAGUAUUAUACUGUCUCUUACCAAGGAGUAAUAAUUUACAAUAAGGGAGAUUAAUAGUUUUUGA